AUGGCUUCCCUCUACCAGCCAAGGCCGGUCCUCCCCUCUCAGGUCAUCCCACAUGCGCCAGAGUACGUCGACGCAAGACGGAACGUUCACGGAGGCAGCAGACAGCCUCUGCGGGAGGCGGCUGGCAACGCCCAAGCACACAGCUUCAACAGCAACAUCCCGUGUUACCAGACCCCCGUGUCUUCGCUGCCCCCGACUAUCCCAACUCAUAUCGUCCCCUCACAGUCCAUCGAGGUCUUCUACUCCAGGCUGCAGACUCCCCGCCACCAGCCUCGACAAGUUCGCAAGAGCCGGCAGGAUAUCAACCCUCUCUACUAUUGGCCGGCCUUUAAGCAGUACCGCAACCGACAAGCUCACAAGGACACGCAAAAGGACAAGGGCGGCGUCUGGCGCCGACCCGAGCUCGAAGAUGCCUUUGUCGACUCCGUGCUGCUUAUGCCUCACAUGGGCCGGCGCAAGUUCUCCAUGGGAGGGAAGCUCCAUGGCCGAAACAUGCUCAUCAGCGAGUACAUCUUCGUCAUCUGCGUGGCGCUGCUUGGAGACAAAGAAAUCUUCCGCAUUGACAACAGCAAUGACAGCAUCGAGCAGAUGGGACGCAAACAAGUGUCUAGUCACAUGCAAGUUGUCAAGAAGUUUUUCGAAGACCUCCGAUGCUUUCACUUUCUUUUUCCUUCUGAAGAGAAGAAGGAACCCGGAUCUACCAACUCUGACGAUUAUUACGAUGAAGAAGGCCAGGAGUCGUUCAAGUCGAACCCCAUCCUCACGGCGUUGGCCGAGGGCCGUGUGCCCGAAGUGCGGCCCAACUAUGAGUACUUCUCGCAGCUGCUUUCGCUGCAAGGGCUGAUCACGGUGCGGCCCAAGACGUGCGAGAUCUAUGUGUCGUCGGCAGAGAUCAAGAUCCGGGACGACGUGGCCUACGACGCAAACAACACGCCCCUGGACCAAGCUUCGUUUCCUCACCUGAACAAGUACACCAACUGCGACGACUUCCCCGAUGCCCUGGGCAAGGACGUGCUGCUGCACGAGUACACUCGGUCGCUGGACCGAGCGACGUCAGCAUGCCUCAAGACGGUGACCCGGCGAUGGCAAAAGGACGCGCCGGCCAUGUACGAGACGCUGGACCUGCCAACGCGCGACGAGGAGUGCCUGCUGCUGGAGGUGUGCUCGACGCUGGAGCUGCACGAGCACGCAAAGUUCCCCUCGGGAUCCGAGCUCACGGGCUUUGUUGAGGUGGCCAUCACGCAGCCGGAGCUGCAGCACCAUCACUGGAAGUGCGUCACCCGAUUGACGCGACCGGAUGAGCUGUACGGCGACGACUCGAAGCGCGGCGUCUACACCAAUGAGAGCGGCAUCCACCACCGGGGCUGCAGCGACUCCAAGAUGAACGACUGCAAUUGCCACAUGCGGCCCCGGCAGGACAUCCACGUGCCCUUUCCUGCGGUCGAGUGGGCCAGCAUCCUGAGCACGGCCGUGCAAUAUCCUGACGUGGAGCACCAGCGGAAGCGGGAGAAGCGCCACGAGGCCAAGAAGCAGCACGAUCUGGAUAGGGCCGGCAGCAAGCGAAAGCGAUCCGAGGACGAGGGCGACGCCGCAUCGUGGAGCCGCCGCGAGCCAACGGGCAGCGACCUGAUCUGCAAGGUGGCCAUGUACCAGGAGCUGUGGUCGCGGGCGCCCGACUCGACGCAGUGGAAGAGGCAGGCCAUCAUCUUCUGGCGCUUCAACACCACGAACCAGUGGUACAAGUACAGCCCCGUGUUCAAGCCGUCGGGCACCUCGUGGCGCUGGCUCACCAUCAACGACCCCAUGUCGCGAUAUCACCAACAGAAGGCGCUCAUCUACCCCUCAUCCUCGUCCUCGUCCGCCGCCGGCGCCGUGCCCAGGGACGCCGUCAUGUCACCGACGCCCAGUGUGAGCCAGCAGCUGGCGGGCAUCAUGAACGAGAACCUGAGCUCGGCGUGGGCAAGCGGCGCGCAGGUGCCCCCGGUCCAGACAAACAUGAACGUGUUUGACUUUCCAACGGGGCUGGCCACACCACCGCCGACGGCGACCGUCCAUGGCCCCUACGCGGGCGGGAGCUUUGACCCUGUGAACAGCUACCUGCCAACAGUGAGCGGCACCACGGUGGGCGGCGCGGCGAAUGAGCGAUCGCACUCCCACUCGCUGGCGUUGGCUCACGGGCCCUCGUACUUUGAGGGCCAGGCAGGCUUCGCGGACAUGAAGCCCAUGACGGCGCCGCAGUAUCUCGCCGCGACGACGGCUGCCCCCCUGGAUCUGGCCUCGCAGCUGGCAUUCGACGACACGGCCGCCAUCCAGGGGUGGGACAUGGCGCCUCUCGAUGCUUGGCCCGGCCCAGCCUCUGCGACAUCCGCCGCGGGCGGCGGCGAUUGGGCGACUGCCACUGCCUCGACCCUGCCCAAGGCGGAGCCCAGUGACCACUCGGUGAUUUGGAACCCUAGCCAAUGGGACAUGCCGGCAUCUGCGGUUGGGGGCGAACACGAUGACAGCCCAAGGGCUAUGAAGAGGAGGCGAACAGAGCCCUCGAUGAACACGCAUGUGCCUCUUCCAGGGGCGUGGUAA